AUGCUUGCAGUGUUGUUUUUUCUCAAAGCAUUUCAUAAAGAACUAUCAGGGAAGCAUGUCCUUGUGCGAAUUGAUAACACGACUGCUGUGUCAGAUUUAUGUAAAAUGGGCACAAGCCAUUCCAAAAAGCGAAAUGAUUUAACCCGUACGCCCUGGGAAUGGUGCCUUGACAAUAACAUGUGGUUAACCACAAGUCAUAUCCCAGGUAAAGAGAAUACUCUAGAUGAUGAAGAGUCCAGGAAAUCUAGGAGAGAAACUGAAUGGACCUUAGACAGAGGAAUUUUCCUCGAGGCUGUUAAGAAACUUCAUGUUGAGCCUCAGAUUGGCCUAUUUGCCUCUAGGCUUAAUUACCAGUUAAGGCCAUUUGUCGCCUACUAACCUGAUUCUGAAGCAAUUGCUAUUAAUGCCUUUUCAAUCUCUUGGAAACCUUACAUUUUUUAUGCUUUUCCUCCUUUUAGUAUCAUCCCAAAAGUGUUACAGAAAAUCCAAGCAGAUGAGGCCACAAGACUGUUGGUUGUGUCAUUCUGGCUGACCCAGCCAUGGUGGCCAUCGGUAAUGAGACUGCUGGUUCAGAAACCCCUUUUGCUUCCCAAAAGAAACAAACCUUAUUUCUACCUCAACAGGCAGACUUGGUGCAUCCACUACACCAGAAACCCACCCUGCCGAUAUGCCACUUGUCCGGAAACCACUUGAAGGCAGAGGCCUUUUGGAAUCAGCUACCUCACUCAUCCUGCAGUCUUGGAGAAAGGGCAGUAAACAACAAUAUAAACCAUUCAUCGCCAAAUGGGAACAGUACUGUAGUCAAAGGCAGAUUAAUCCCUUUUCAGCCACUAUAGAACAUGGGAUUAAUCUCCUGGCAGAACUCUACCAAACAGGGAUUGGAUAUAGUGCUCUCAAUACGGCCCGGUGUGCUUUAUCUACUGUUUGUUUUACAUCAAAGCAUUACACGUUUGGACAGCAUCCCUUAGUCUGUCGUUUCAUCAAGGGAAUCUUCGAAUGCAGACCCUAUCUACCAAGGUAUCAAGAAACUUGGGAUGUGACGGUGGUAUUAGCCUACCUAGCUAAACUUGGCCCACCUGAGAAACUUAGUUUGAAGAACUUGACUUUGAAAGUGGUUAUGUUGAUGGCAUUGCUUUCAGUACAGCGUCGCCAGACUCUGCACACAUUAUCAGUUGACUGUAUGCAAAUACGUUCUGAUAAGUGUGUGUUUUUCAUUAACUCAUUGUUGAAAACUUCGAGACCUGGUAGACAUUUAGCUUGUAUUGAGUUUCAGGCCUAUGCACCAGAUGUUAGUCUUUGUAUUGCCAAGCAUCUUCAGCAAUAUCUGAAGCGUACAGAUAUUCUUCGAGGUGAUGUGAAGCAGCUUUUUAUUACUUACACUAAGCCUCACAAAGCUGUUUCCCCUGAUACAGUAAGCCGGUGGAUUAAGACUACAUUGGUGGAUGCUGGAAUUGACACUUCAAAGUACAGUGCACACAGCACCAGAUCAGCAUCUACAUCUGCAGCAAAGGGGAACAACAUUUCUAUUGCCACAAUUAUGAAAAGUGCUGGGUGGUCCCAGGAGUCCACAUUUACAAAGUUUUAUGACAAACCAGUGGCCCCUCGAGAGAAUUUUGGGGCUGAACUCCUUAAAGCUGUACGUGGGGACAAGUAA